ACAAGCUAGUAAUAAGAAAAUAUUUUUCGCGACCCUUUCGAAAAUCUCCUUUGACAGUUCUUAUUUUCUUUCUCCUCUCUCGAGUCCUAUCGCACUUCCCAAAAGCCCUAACCCGAGCCCGCGAUCCUCUCGCUUCCACACGCAAUGGAGACUCGUGCGCUGAAGUCGCAGUCCCUCUGCUCCUAGAUUCAUGGUUUUUAUUUGCAGGUUGAGACACAAGUUGGCCUCAUAUUUCUACUUUUAUUGUCAUAAGCAACUCCAAAUCGUUCAAUUGAUUGGGUAUGGAUAUUAUAGAAAUAGAUUCUGCAGAAAGUGAAGAUGAUAUUGAUCGUGCUUGGUCAGACUGUGAAGACCAGAAUCAUGAUUUGGAAAUGAACUUUCAGAACUAUCCCCGGUUGAAUAAUAAUGAUAACUCAGCUUAUCCUGAAUCUUCGACAAGUAGCAAGAAAUGGGCUGAGAUACCUGUUAUGAAUCUGGGAAAUACCAAUAGAAGCAAUGGAAUAGGGGGAACAAGCCAUGUGGCUUAUGAGACUCCCAGUGGUCCACAAUUAAAUGGAUAUCAUGAGCAUACUCAGAGGAGGAUUCUUCCAUAUUCUUUUCAGUCAUUCAAUUCUAAACCUUCUGAACAUAGCUCAAGGGCACGUGGAGGCACUGCUCAUAGUCAGCAGAAGGAACCUAACCGGGCACCCAGUAGUGGUUCUCCAGUGGUGGAUCUAAGUAACACGGACAAUUAUAGUCGUAAGUUUGAUAACAAAUCAUUCCAGAAUGCUCAAAAGAGAACUCUUCCACCUUCUCUUCAGCCAACAGUGCAUAACAAUGCAUCAGAAGGGCCUGUUGACUACAAAGGGAGAAAAAAUAUGUCUAAUGAGUUUGAAGCUGAUGAUAAGCGUAAAGCAUCAUCGUCAAUGAGCGAUGAGGUUCAAAUAUAUAGAAGUGUUGGUACACAUAGGGUCCUUCCUCCAUCAUUGAUGAAUGGGAAAUCUGUUGAUAAUUCUAUGCUGGUUGGUUCUAGUGAUCCCAUAUAUCGUUCUGGGCCUUCUGGUUUAGGGGAGCAAAGGCUUAUGGAGCAUGAUGAAAGAGCAAUAUAUCAAGAGGCACUGCAGAAUCUUGGUCAGCCAAAAUUAGAAGAUGAUCUACCUGAGGGACUUUUAUCUGUUUCUCUCUUAAAGCACCAGAAAAUAGCCUUGGGGUGGAUGGUUCAGAAAGAGAAGAGUGUUCAUUGUACAGGUGGGAUUCUUGCUGAUGAUCAGGGUCUUGGUAAGACCAUCUCAAUGAUUGCCCUUAUACAAAAGCAGAGGACUCUACAGUCAAACUUCAUGUCUAAUGAUUCACAUCAGACAAAACCUGAAGCCUUAAACUUAGAUGAUGAUGAUGAUGAUGGACCUACAGAACUAAAUAAAGAAAAACAACCUGUAGAAGAUGAUCCUAGAAAGAAGCAGGUCGCCAGUUCAUCAGUGCACACGGCUGCCAACCCAAGACCAGCAGCAGGUACACUGGUUGUCUGCCCAGCGAGUGUUCUACGACAGUGGUCUCGUGAGAUAGAUGAAAAAGUUACAAGCAGUGCUAAGCUAUCUGUUUUAAUUUAUCAUGGUGGUUCGAGGACAAGAGAUCCUUCUGAGCUGGCAAAGUAUGAUGUUGUUCUCACAACAUAUGCCAUUGUAACUAAUGAAGUACCUAAACAGUCUGCCAAUGCUGACGAUGAUGGAGAACAAAAGAAUCUCGAUAAAUAUGAAAUAUCUUCAGAAUUUUCAAGUACGAAAAGGAAAGAACCUUCUAAUGUUCGGAACAAGGGAAAGAAAAAGUCAAAAAAGAACAAGGACUCUCAUUUUGACUAUGAUAGUGGCCCACUUGCUAGAGUUCGAUGGUAUAGGGUGAUACUGGAUGAAGCACAAACCAUAAAGAAUCAUAGAACUCAAGUUGCUAGAGCCUGUAGUGGUCUUCGAGCCAAAAGAAGGUGGUGUUUAUCAGGAACGCCUAUACAAAAUUCAAUUGAUGAUCUGUACAGCUACUUUCGAUUCCUUAAAUAUGAUCCUUACUAUGUCUAUAGCGCCUUCUGUAGCUCGAUAAAAUACCCAAUAUCAAAAAAUGCAACCCAUGGAUAUAAGAAGCUUCAAGCAGUUCUCAAGGCUGUACUGCUGCGUCGUACAAAAGGCACACUGAUCAAUGGAGAGCCAAUUAUCAAUAUACCUCCCAAAUCAAUUAAGUUAAAAAAGGUGGAUUUCUCUCCAGCAGAAAGAUCUUUCUAUUUGCAGUUGGAAGCAGAUUCACGCCAACAAUUCAAGAAAUUUGCUGCAGCUGGCACUGUCAAGCAAAACUAUGCAAGUAUUUUGUUGAUGCUUUUGCGCCUCCGACAAGCUUGUGAUCACCCAAUUCUUGUAAAGGGAUAUCAUUCAGAUAAUGCAGGGAAAGGCUCCCUAGACGUGGCAAAAAAACUCCCUAAGAAUGUACUAUUGAAUUUAUUACGUCAGUUGGAAAGCUCAUUAGCAAUUUGUCGAGUAUGCAACGACCCACCUGAGGAUGCUGUUGUAACAAUUUGCGGCCAUGUAUUCUGCUAUCAGUGUGUAUCAGAACAUUUGACUGGAGAUGAUAAUUUUUGCCCUGCAGCUGGUUGUAAAGAGACGCUUAGUCCUGAAUCAGCUUUCUCACAGGCAACUCUGCAAAGUUGUAUUUCCGAGCAACUUGAUAAUAAUACUUCAUCAAGUGGAUUGAUGCUUAAGGAGGAACCUUCAAUAGUUGAAAGGGGUUAUGUUUCUUCCAAAAUUAAGGCAGCACUUGAAAUCUUGAAUUCACUCUGUAGUCCAAGCUAUUAUGAAGAGAAUUUAUUUAUGGCUGAUACAGGUGCAAACCGUGAAACACCAGUCAAGGCCAUUGUAUUUUCCCAGUGGACUAGUAUGCUGGACUUGCUUGAGGAUUCCCUAAACCAGUCACUUAUUCAGUAUAGAAGACUUGAUGGGUCAGUGUCCCUUCCUGCAAGAGACAGAGCUGUGAAGGAAUUCAAUACUGAUCCUGAGGUGACUGUUAUGCUGAUGUCACUAAAAGCAGGAAACCUUGGCCUUAAUAUGGUUGCAGCAUGUCAUGUUAUUCUUCUUGAUCUCUGGUGGAAUCCAACUACUGAAGAUCAAGCCGUUGAUCGAGCACAUCGAAUAGGACAGACUCGUCCUGUUACUGUCUCCCGGCUUACUGUCAAAGAUACAGUGGAAGAUCGCAUUCUAGCGCUUCAGGAGGGAGACAUUGAAGGAGACUCUGAUAUGGAUGGUAGAAUUUGCCAUUAAACUCGGGUAUUACACCUGGAGGUAUGGUGCAAAGACAGAUAUAGCAUCAACAACGAACACGCUGCCACGAGGC